CAUUGACUGCUCAAGUCUUAGCAGGGCUGUCCCAACCAACCCAAUUAACCCAACUACCCCAAACAUCCAAAGUAACCAAAACUCCUUUGGUUUGUUAUUGCUGCGGUGAAAUUGGAUAUUUCGCUCAAAAUUGUCUUUUGGAAAAGAAGCCUGACCGUAAGGAGGCUAAGCAAAAGCAAUCUGAAUUGGAAAAAAAGAAUGCUUUGCUAAAGAAGACCCCAAAAGUAAAAACCACUUUUGAGACUCCAGAUCAAAAGAACCCCAUGGAUGUCACGCCUUAUGAUAUAGUGGAGAAUAUAUUAAAUUUGAAAGCCAAUAUAACAUUGGUACAAGCUCUUAAAUAUCCUGAUCAAAAGCAAAAUCUGGCUAAGAUUAUGAAAAGACCCAAACAAUCCACCACCGAGGCUAACAGUUUGGAAACGGAUAAAGUCCAGAAAACUGUGGCAAUAAGAUAUCAUGUGAAGAUUAAAGGCACCCCGGUCAUAGCUAUACUGGAUUUAGGUGCUGCCGUAAGCAUCAUAACCAACAAGCUGAUAAAAAGAUUAGGGCUUGCCCUGACCAAAGAAUCCAAAACAGUGGUUGUAACUGCCAAUGGUGGCAGAUCGAAGGCUCUUGGCAUUGUAGAAAAUAUCAAGAUU